GAGAGAAUGCCCCUUAAUAAGUCUACAAACUAACAAAUUAAAGUCGGAAUAAAUCUUUAAAUAUUUUCAUUUCUUUAAUAUUUGGCUAAGACAAAUGUUUAUUUUGCUUCUCAUUCCUUUGUUAGAAAUCAAAUCUUUUGUUCAGAAUGAAAGUCAUUAGCAAACUCAAAAUUCCAAAAAAAUCUCCCAAAAUCAUUAAUAAUUUAAAUCUGAAUGAAACUCAUUUGAUACCUUUAAUCCACACUUGCAAAAAUAUCCUUCAAAUCCAGCAAAUCCAUGCCCAAAUUAUUCACCAAAAUUUAUUAUCAGAUAGUAGAAUUAUUACUCAGUUAAUAUCAUCUGCUUCUCUAAACAAAUCCAUAAACUAUGCUUUAUCUAUUUUUAAUUGUUUUAGGGGCCCAAAUUUGUAUUUAUUUAAUGCUUUAAUUAGAGGGUUAAAGGAGAACUCUUUAUUUGAGAAAUCAAUUUUGUAUUUUAGGUUAAUGCUUAAAAUGGGUAUUAAACCUAAUAAGCUUACAUAUCCAUUUGUGUUGAAAUCUUUAACUGCAUUGUGUGAAAAAAGACUUGGUAGUGUUAUUCAUUGUGGGGUUUUGAAAAUGGGUUUGGAAUAUGAUGUGUUUGUUAGGGUUUGUUUGGUUGAAAUGUAUGUGAAAAAUGAGUCAUUUGAUCUUGCAUUGCAACUGUUCGACGAAAGUCCCGAGAGAAAUAAGGAUGAGAGUGUGCUUUUGUGGAAUGUUGUGAUUUAUGGGUGUUGUAGGGCUGGGUGGGUGGGUAAGGCGUUGGCCUUGUUUGAGGAAAUGCCUGAGAGAAAUGCGGGUUCUUGGAAUACGAUGCUUAGUGGGUUGUUGAGGAAUGGAGAGGUGGAUAAAGCGAUGGAAUUUUUCGAUGGGAUGGAGAGGAAUGAAAAGAAUGUUGUUUCUUGGACUUGUGUGAUUAGCGGGUUAACUCUAAAUGGGUUGCAUCAAAAGGCUUUGGAUUUGUUUUUUAAGAUGGUGGAAGAAGGUAUAAAGCCGAAUGGUUUAACUACCGUAUCUGCUCUUUCUGCUUGUGCGAAAACUGGGGCAUUAGAGGCAGGUAGAAAGAUUCAUGAUAGUGUUAUGAACAAUGGGCUUCAUUUGAACGUAGCAGUUGCUAAUGCUUUGGUUGAUAUGUAUGCGAAAUGCGGGUGUAUUGAGUCUGCAAGCCUGGUUUUUAGUAGAUUAAAGGAGAAGGAUAUUCGUACGUGGAGCAUAAUGAUAUGGGGUUGGGCAAUUCAUGGACAUGUAGAUAAAGCUCUUAGGUGUUUUGAACAGAUGAGAUUGGCUGGAAUCAAACCUGAUGGAGUUUCUUUCCUUGCUGUUUUAACUGGAUGCUCUCAUGCUGGUCAUGUGGAUCAGGGCCUUCAAAUCUUUGAUAGCAUGCAGCAUGAGUGUUCAAUUGAGCCCACUAUGAAACAUUAUGCUGCAGUAGUAGAUCUACUUGGCAGGGCUGGUCGAUUUGAUGAGGCCUUGAAAUUUAUCGGAAGUAUGCCCUUGGAGCCAGAUUAUGUUAUUUGGGGUGCACUUUUUUCUGCUUGCAGAGCUCACAAGAACAUUGAAGUGGCAAAAGUUGCAUCAGAGAAGCUCUUACAGCUUGAGCCAAAGCAUGCUGGGAGCUAUGUGUUUUUGUCUAAUGUUUAUGCUAGAGCAGGGAGAUGGGAUGAUGUAGAAAGCGUUAGGAGUUCAAUGAAGAACAAAAAUGUUGAGAAGAAUCCUGGAUGGAGUUCAAUGGAGGUGGAUGGUCAAUUGCAUACAUUUGUUGCUGGUGAUAAUGCUCAUACACGUAAACAGGAGAUAUACUCGAAAUUGGAGGAAAUUAUUAGAGGAGCUAAACAACAAGGUUACGUGCCUGAAACUGAGUGGGUGCUUCAUAACAUUGAUGAGGAAGAGAAGGAAGGAGCAUUGGGAAGUCAUAGUGAAAAGUUAGCACUUGCUUUUGGGCUCAUAAGUACUGGUCCUGGUGUGAUCAUUAUGAUUGUGAAGAACCUUAGAGUGUGUGGUGACUGCCACUCUCUAAUGAAGUAUGUCAGCAGGAUGAGUCAAAGGGUGAUUGUGUUAAGAGAUAUAAAGAGAUUCCACCAUUUCAAAGAUGGAGUUUGCUCCUGUAAAGAUUACUGGUGAACUAAUAAGUGUUGCCCGACUUGCAAUUUCAUCUCAUGUUUGCUAGGGAAGAAUAUCCCAAGAUCAGAGAUAACUCAAGGAGACCAUCCCUUAAGUCUUGGGAAGAAUAGCAUCUGGAAUCAGUUAUUCCAGCACCGGGUGUCCGAGUCUCUUUGAGCCCCGACUAAUCCCGGGGGUGCACAGGCCCUCGGCAAGGAGUUUCCCGCAAGUGCACCACGGUUAAUUCAGGGUUUCCCCAGUCCGAUGGCCCCCAGAAAUUGUUUGCACCUAGCGGGUUUCGAACUUGAGACCCUGAAGGGGAGCACCCCAAGGCUCAAGUCAAUUGCCACCAGGCCAACCCCUGAGGGUUCCACCAGGCCAACCCCUGAGGCAAGAAUUCUGCUUUGUGGAGUCAACUCGUGUUCCGCUUUUUGUUGUGUCUUGAAGCUGUUGUCAAGUAC